AUGCCUGUCUCAGCAAGAUCUAUGAGAGAGAAUGGGAGACACAGUACCCCAGAGCAUGAGAAUUAUUAA